AUGACCUCCGAGAUGACGCCGUUAAACUUUAAAGCUCUAUCGAUCGCCAUCGUGGGCGCAGGACCAUCUGGAGUGGCGGCUGCAAAAUACCUACUGGCUGAGAAAGCAUUCGAUAGAAUCGUGUUGUACGAACAACGGCCUAGAUCUGGAGGCAUUUGGAACUAUACGGGCGACCAUACAGAUGAAGAUCUUUUCACUAUUCCACAGAUCAAUCCGCGAGGGAAGAAUCAAGAUCCAGUUUUGACGCAUAAGUCGUCAGGCCGGAACACUCAAACAAAUGGCUCUGCUCAGGAUCAAAAAGAGCUAUCAUUUGUAUCGCCCAUGUACGAGAAACUGGAAACAAAUAUCCCCCGGGGUCUAAUGGGCUUUCAAGACUUAGACUGGCCUCAAGAUAGUCAGCUGUUUCCUACGCGCGAUACUGUCUCAAAUUACAUAGACAACUAUGGGAAAGACGUGCAUCAUCUCGUACAAUAUGGCACUCAAGUCGUGAAUGCCGAGCCAACAAGUGGAGCAUAUGAUAGCAGCUGGCGAGUGCGUGUCCGACAACUAGAUCAUGGAAAAGAGAUAGAACAGGAUUUCGAUGCCCUUAUAGUAGCCAACGGCCAUUUCAUUGUACCUUUUGUGCCAGACAUUGAAGGAAUAAGAGAGUGGAAUGCGAAAUAUCACGACCGGCUUAGCCAUUCCAAGUACUAUCGGAAACCAGAGAACUAUCGGGGUCAAAAAGUCAUCGUAUCCGUCUCCAUGUUCUCAGCGACUCAUAGUUCGGGAGGCGGUAAACGUCGCGAAAUUCCACCGAUCAAGCGCUUCAUCGCAGACAACCGCAGUGUUGAGUUCGAAGACGGUACCAUUGAAUCCGACAUUGACGCUGUCAUUUUUGCAACGGGAUAUUUCUACUCUUUCCCUUUCCUCGAAAACGUAAAGCCUGCUUUGAUCAAGGACGGGAGUCAUGUGCAACAUACCUACCAGCACUUGUUCUACGCGCCUCAGCCUACAUUGUCGUUCCUCACGCUCAAUCAGCGCGUCAUACCAUUUCCACUCGCGGAAGCACAAUCUUCGGUUCUUGCGCGCGUCUACUCUGGACGUUUGCCCCUUCCACCCUACGCUGAAAUGCAAAAGUGGGAGCAAGACAUCAUUGCCGAAGUAGGUGACGGGCGAAGCUUCCACCUUUUACCAUUUCCAAAAGACGGUAACUACAUGAACGCUUUGAGCCAUUGGGCAUUGAGUGCGCCACCAAAAGAAGGACUAGAAAAUGGUGGCAAAGGCAAAGUACCGCCUGUUUGGGGCGAGUGGGAGUUUUGGUGUCGUGAGAACUUCCCAGCGAUUCGACGGGCAUUUGGAGAGCGUGGAGAUGAGAGGCACCGGAUCAAGAGUGUGGAGGAAGUUGGGUUCAGUUUUGAAGAUUUUAAGCGGGAGAAGACAAGGAGUGAGGGAAAGAUGAUAUAG